CUUUCUCUUAAAUGAAACUUUCAUCCUGAUAAGUGCCAAAACAGAGAAUUAAACCUAAAUACUUCUAAUGUACACAGUUAUACUACAACUUAAAUGCCUUUAUGUGUCAUGAAAAUACUAGAUAUUGAAGUAAUAGGAGGACAGUAACGAGAAGCCAUUUUGUGUGUCUGUGGAUAUGUGAAAAUGUAUACUUUUGAAGAAAGCCACAAAAGGGAAUAUUUGCCUUGUUAAUGCAUUCAGAACAGGCAAUUUGUUAAAUAUUCUUUUAUUUCCUGUUUAUACAAAAACUAGCCAAUUGUACGUUGCCUGCUCAGAAUAUUGUCAGCAUUUGGAUUGUUUUGCAUAUUGUUCAGGUUUUCCAGCUAUAUGCUGGAUGGAAACUCUGCAUGAUGAGAGAAUACGUGUUGUAUAACUCACCUUGAAGCUGAAAGCACAUCAAAAUAGUUUUGUUUUUUUCUCAGAUUGUGACGCUUCACAUCGUACACUUUUAUCAGACUUUGAGAACAGAUUUGUCUUUCAAGACUGUUUUGAUAUAGACUCAGAUUUCAUACGUCGGAGGGCUGCUACAAGAAUAUUUUACAUACAGCACUAAGCAGGCUGUUAUUACAAAAUUCGGCAUUGUGCGGUGGGUUGAGUCAGCGAGAGAAAAUAGCAGCAUUAGUCAUGUAAAGAUGAUGCCCACCUUGGAAGCUCGAGUACGUGUCAUUAUUCUCUUCCUGCUAAUCGCUGUCCCACUUAACGUUUCCUCGGCGAGUGUCCCGGGCCCCUCCAGAAACGUAACAAAUGGGCCCAUCACCAUCACCCCGACGCCCAGCCCCAGAUCUCAAGGUAGGGGCUUUCUUUACCCCCUUUCUAAAAGCGGUGGGAGUAUGCGAGGGAAGUCCAUGAAUCGUCGGCCAAAGCAGCCAGCUGGAGUGGCAGAAAUGCCCCUCCGGCCGCUGCCUCAGAUAAUGCUGCCAAAGAAUGUAACGACUGAUGCACUGAAGGCCCCUUUCGGAGCAGCGAAGGUAGCUCCGCCUCCUCGCAAACUGGUGGAAGUUGACGUGUGUCGAGGUUAUUAUGAUGUCAUGGGGCAGUAUGACCUCACCUUUAACUGCUCCAAGGAUGACUUCAUCUACUGCUGUGGGACCUGCCAUUAUCGAUUUUGUUGUCCAGACCGCACUCGAAGGCUGGACCAGAACGUCUGCCACAACUACCAUUCCCCUGUGUGGGCCAAUACAGCCCCCCCAGCGACCAGGCCCCCACUGCCUGCUUAUCCGGACCUCAGCCGCAUCGAACAGAGCAACAACACCGUCUACGUCAUCGGUGGAGUCAUCUCGUUUACUGUGGCAGUGGCAGUGGCCAUUAAAGUGGCAUUCCACAAGGCAUCACGGCAGCCUAGGAACCGAGAACUCAACAUGCCAAGGGCUCUUGUGGAAAUGUUGCGUCACCAGUCGAGUCCAGUUCAAGAGGGAGAGAGAAACAACAGCGUAGCCUUGGGAACUGGAGGAGGAGAGGGGACACUUGGACGACCCCCGAAAAAUCUAUAUCCCACACUACAGAGUAAAGAUAACAGACUGGGGAAUAUACAGCAUAACUUCAUCCAUACCACAGGCUCCAGUCCCAAACAUACAGCCACCAUCGAGCGUGGAUCACGUAUGAACAACAUGCAGAUGGCCACCGGUGGCACAUUGAAGCCCAGUAAGCAUACUAACGCCAUGAAGCCCCAGCCGUCCUUCCAUCACUCCCUACAUAACCUGGCACAGCUGCCACCCUCGUAUGAAGCCGCCAUGAAGCCUGAGAUCAACAGAUACUCAUCUCUCAAGCGUCUGGAGAAAGGAGGAUUGGAGGAAUAUUCAGGUUACUGUACCACCAAACGGAGGCCCAACAACGCCCCUCCCUCCUUUCAUUCCUCCCAGCAUCACCUUCCCUGGGGUGGCGACUACACGCUGGGGGGAAGAGGCACGCUUCCCAACCGUGCCACUCGUCCUCGAAUACCUCAUCCGCAGUCUGCCCCAAGCCACACCCCGAAUCCUUACCCUCUGGAACCCCCGGAAUCAAAGCAAAAUCAGAAUUACGAUACGCUUUCCAAACCGCCACGUCGCGUCAAGUCAACGGACCAGCUCCUUGCCCUCGCUGACGGCAGCACCUUAUCAAGGCUCUCGAAGAACCAGCAGCAUCAAUACUACAAAGCCAUGGCCACUGCAUCAAAGAACUCCAAUAACCAGAACACCCUGAAGAAGUCCAAGGAGAGGCUGCUGAUGUCACCAGACCAUCUACAGGAGGAGAUAGGCGGGGAUGAGUAUGGCGGAAGCGGGAUGGGUAUGGGAAUGGGCGACUACACGGGCGGAGGGGGAGGCGGAAUGGUGCCCACCCUGCCCCGCGUCAGCCACCAGAAAGCUCAAUCGCAGCAGAAUGUCUGUGCCACGCCAUCACUCGACCGUCACCACAUGAUCAAGAUGAACUCGCACCCGACGUCGGGGCGAGAGCAGGAGCGGAAUUCGGCUGCGAUGUCAGGUCACCUGGGAGGAGGCGGGGUUGGAGGAGUGGCAUGGGGCGACAUGCCAGGAACAGGAGUUGUCAUGGGAACAGGGACUCUUGGUGGACACAGUGCCAGGAGGCUUGCAUUUGCAGCUAAAAGGCAAAAUACCAUUGAACAACUUCACUUCAUCCCCGGUGGAGGGGGAAGUGGAGGAGGAGUGGCAUCCAACCAAGGGGUUAGAACAGGAAGCAAGAAUGAGGUUACUGUGUGAGCAAGAGGCUGGAGAGGCUAAGGAGGGAAUGGAGAAGAUGGGUGAGAGAUAGACUGUGUGAAGAGUUGGAGGAUGGUAAAGGGACUGUGGGAGAGAGAGAGUGGGCGGAAGAGGGAGAGAAAUAACGAGAGAAAAGAGAAAAGGAGUAGGAGGAUGGGAAAGGAAUAAGAGAAACAGAUUUUGAAGUAGGGGGCCACGAAGUGGGAGAAACUACGCAGAGAGCGAAGUGGCACCAUAUUUUUUACAUAUACAUAUUGUAUAUAGUGGCAAAUUCACAACAUAAGAUUAGAUAACAACAGUUAUAAGUCAGGUUUGAUAGAGCUUCAAAGUUUUUGUGCUUUUUACGUUCAUGAAAUUGCCGCUAUAAUUAUGAUCAAAGCUGCCAUAUACAACUAUUUAUUUGUGUAAAUUUUGCCUAUAAAUCUACCGCAUAGAAUAUCAAUAGAGUGUAAUAUAAAUUCCACAUGAUGUGGACAUUUUUUCAAAUCUUUAUGUCAUGUUUUUAUCCUCAAAUAUCUUACAUUAUUACACAUUACAGAUAUAGCUGCUAUGGAGCCAUAUAUUUCAGAGAAUGGCUUUUAUCUUAUAACUAUGAUGGAACUACUGGAAGACUAAUAAUUAACAUCUGCAUAAGAGGAACCAGUUGAACGUGGAGCGCUCAUCCAAACUGAUGAAUUGCAAAGCUACUUACAGUUGGACAAACGUAAUGCUGGAUCUUAUCUCUUUUUAAACCCUAAUCCAUUUCUUCAUAAUGAGGAAGUGCGGCAGGGUUUUUACAAGGUAUGUCAAAAGGAAUUAUGAAAUUGAACAAUUGGAGGAGCAUAUCCAAAAACUCUGAAGAAUUUGAUGAACUCAUUUGAUGAAUUAAUUUUGAAUACCGUAAGAUAAAGAAAGUAAGCCUUACCAUACAUUGUUACACCUGCAUCUUAUUCAGUGUGAAUUUAAAAUGGAUGUACCAAGUGAGUUUCUUUUCAAUUUGUUUAGGUGGAAUCCUGAAAAUAGUACACAAGAAGUUUCCUCAAGUUUGCCCUUCAGUACAUCACUGGAGAUUGCUUUGAACUAUCGAUGAAAGCCAUUCUGGGACACAAUUGGGCAGAAAAGCCCAGAUGAAAACCAAGAGAAAUGUCUGACAAUCAUCUUUUUUCUCCAUCUUAAAAAGACUCAUUAAUGAUCAAUGGCACUUUGUUUGGAUUCUGAGCCACCACUUUCUACAAUGUCCAAGUGCUGGGAUUUGCAAGGGAGAUUCAUCAUAAGGGACGCUGGACUACCAAAAGCACAAGAAUACAUUCGAUUUAUGUAAUGCUGGGUACAUACACAUUUAUGCUCCUUUUAGGUAUACUGUGUAGACAAACGGUUCACCUUAAGCUAUUAAAUAUGGAUCUGAGAUGAAGACGACUACUCAAGAGUAGGGGUACUCAUCAAUGUAUUUGUAUGUUAUGAUAUUCUGGCAUAAAAUUAGUGCAUAACAUGGCGGUACCAUUAUCUCGCUCAGGUGUUGGUUGGCAUUUGCAUAAAGACAAACCUCCUGGACUGCUUUUUGAAUCUCCAUGUUGAAGCCAUGUGUAUAUGCUGUUAAAACUGAGACUCUGCGAACAGUCUGAGGAUACAGGCAUGCCAAAACAGCUAACCUGUAUUUUUCGAAUCUGCUGUUACCGAGAAUGACCACGACACGUCAUACCUAAUAUCUUCAUAACCAAUAACGCUUAUCAAUAUUAAGGGCUAUACAACACACAUGCGUUAGUGGUACAGCUGUUACCCACAGCUUAAUCAUUAUUCAAUGAUAAUAAUCUCAUUAUUUACCAAAAAAAGAUAUUAAAAUAGUAAGUAAAUAUUACAAUGAAAAAUGUAAAGUGAGAUUGUUCGCAGAAGAGCCAGAUAUAAUUACUGUAUGGUUCUGACCUCUGAAAAAUAGAGCUCAUUUAACCAAUGAAAACUAAUCAAUUUACAUUGUAAAACCACCAACUGGUCUUUUUUAUUAUUAUUGUCAUAGACUUUUAACCUCUUGGUUAAUUUUCAGUGUAAUGAAACUGAACAGUAUAAGUUACGGACUAUUUGAAUAUUUAUGCCUCCCAGUAAAAGUGUUAAGGAGUAGUUUAUAUCACAUCAGCAUCAGGAUUGGUGGUAACACAUUCAUUUAACUUUUCACUGGAAAUAGUGUGUAUCUUAAUGAAUUAUGAAUACAACUUAAAGACAAUCUUCCUAACAGCUCUGUAAUACAUUGGUGUUUGUUAUUGUCAUUACUAUGACAGUUAAUAUUAUGGUUAUUGGUGAAAUUUCUUCUUGUUGUUAUGGUUAUCUUAUGAUUAUGAUGGUGAUUUUUUUCCUCUGUGGUUUUAGUGUUUACUUGUUUUAGAUAUCUUUCUCAUGAAAUUCUUUUGAAAUUAUGAGUAGAAAAUAGAAGCACAAACAUCAAAGCCACUCAUUGUUUGCCAAUUCUUCAUGCAUUCCUGAUGAUGAGGAGUGCCUUCGAAAAUUUCUGUGUGAUGUCACAUUGUAAUUGUUCUAAGCCUGCAAAUGUCAUUACUUGUUGCAGAGACAUCACAAUGGGUUUAUAAAUGAUGUCAUAGGAUGUAUGUUGUAUGUGUGUAACCGAAUGUCUUUUUGUUAAGUGAAAUUUCAACUUUUUAAUGUUUCUUUCAGGGACAAUUAGAACAGAUGAAUCAAUUUAGUAUUUUCUUUGCCAUAAAAAGUCUGUAGCAAUGUCUGUUUUGUAUCCACAAGCCAUAAUUAUGAAAAUGUUUAUGAAAUUUAUUCACAAGGCUGCAGAAAAUAACAAACAUUGGAUGUGCAAAUAAAGCCCUGAAGCAUUUGAUGGUA